AUGCACGCGUCCACGGACGAGAUUUUUCUGAUCACAGCCUACACCAUUGUGGUCUUAAUUGGAAUCUGCGGCAACUCACUGGUCAUAGAAGUGGUCCGAAAAAAGCGCUCUAUGCAUACAACCAUGAAUUUCUUGCUAGUCAAUCUCGCCAUUGCGGACCUGUUGACUCUUCUCUGGUGUUUACCCGGGACGAUUCUCUCCUACACCGCACAGCCGAGCGGGCAGCUAGGAACUUUCCUUUGCAAAUUCAUUACAACGCAUAGCAUCGCUGGCAUUGGUAUGAUCGUAUCUGGAUUGACGUUAACCUUAAUCUCUGUAGAGCGGUACAAGGCACUCGUGACUCCAAUGGAAACGCGUUUUCGGCUCAGCAAAGGAAACGUCCUUUACGCCAUUGUGUGCAUUUGGGUUUUCGCCGUUGUUUACGUUUGUCCGCUGUUCGUUUUCGAGACGUACGACGAGGAAACAAAGGGAUGUGUUACCCUGUGGCCUGCGAAAGCCAGCGCCUACUGGAUCAUACUCGCUGUGAUAGUAAUAACAGCGUUUGUUACGAUGUUUGUGUGUUAUUUCAGCAUAAUCAAAGGUCUGUAUUUCACCAACACGAUUUGUUCGUCUAACGCGAACGCCGGUGGAGAAAACGAUGCAAUCGUCAAGCGAAAAAUCGUCAAGAUGUUGCUAAUUGUCACAAUCGCGUUCGUGUUUUGCUUUUUUCCAUACUCGAUCGCCACAGCUACAAACAUUGCGCAGACCAGCGCGUUUUAUAAGAUCUCGUAUUUUCUGGUUUAUUGUAGUUGCAGUUUAAACCCUAUAACUUAUGCCUUGGGAAGCGCAAAUUACCGUACUGCCUUCAAGGAGGUUUUAAACGAGUUCCGGUUCUGUCACUUCUAUUUUGGAGGCAUGUCUGAAAGCGAUGCUCUCUAA